AUGUUUUUAAGUCUUCUUAUAUUACUUAGUUAUGCAUUAGGGUUUGUUUUUUGUGUUGUCUGUUUAGCAUGUGGGUUAUAUUAUUUUUCAGAAUUGGUCGAAGAACAUGCAACAGUAGCAAAAAGAUGGAUUAAGUAUACUAUGUGGUUUGUAAUGGGAAUUAUAUUUUUGUUAGGAAUAUUUGAAGAUUUAGAUUUUACAAGUUUAUUAUUUAGUUUUAUAGGUCAUUGCUGUUAUUAUACAUUAUUAACAGAAUUUCCAUUUGUAACUUUAACUGGUUAUAAAUUUAUAUUAAGCGUUUUAUCAUUUAUAAUUAGUCAUAUUUCAUGGUUUAUUUAUUUUAGAAAUACAGAGAAUUGGUAUCCAUUUGGCGAAAUCAUUGCAAUAUUUACAUUUUGUGUUUGGUUAAUUCCAUUAAUAUUCUUUAUUUCAUUAGCUGCUAAUGAUAAUUCUUUACCAAUGGCAAAUAGCUAUUCAUCACAUUCAAAUUCAAAUAUAAUUGGAGUUGAUAGCGAAUUUACAAAAAAGAAAUCAAGAAUAAGUGUUUUAAAAUCAAUGUUUGCGUGGGCAAAAGAAAAGACCUCUGAUAUUACUGGUCAAAAAUCAAUGAAACAUUAUUAUUAA